CGCCAUACUUGUCCAUUCACUCACCGAUCAUCUUGCUCGGCGGCGGAUUCUCCACGUUACUUCACUGUCAAGAUUCUCCCGGCCGGCGGCUUUCUUAUGUUUUCCGACCCAACAUUCCGCCCAUCGAUCGAGCGGUGAGCGGCGGACAGUGGCGGGAGAAAGAGCGUCGACGAAGUUGGAUGGAAGAGAUGAAGAUGGAGAGUUGAGGCGGAGGAGGCUAUGGAGUUUAUGGUUUUAGGUAUUGGAACGGUGCUGUUUGCCAUCGCGAAUUAUCUUUGUUACAGUUCGAUGUGGGUUUGAUCGGUCAAUGCAGAUAUUUCUAGCUGUUUGGUGCUCCAGAGCUGGGUUCUGGAGUCUUGCAAGUUAUACGGAAGCAAAUUUCUUUGGGUUUUUGCUCAACUAGCUUUAAGUGAUGGCAGGAAAUGUGAGGUUUGAGUCCUCAAAUUCAGCCAUUCAAGACGAGCUAGCGUUUGGGGGGAGCUAUGCCAAUGGACAGAGGAUGAGUCAGACAAGUUCCAGUUUGGAUAGGUCUGGAAGCUAUCGUGAUGGAGGAGAGAGCCGGAUGUUUGGUCUGGGUUCUGGUUCAUCCAGAGGAAUUGCUUCAUCUGCUGGGGAUCUGUCCACACUAUCUCAGUUUUUAUUGUUGGAUCCUAUAAAAUUGGGAGAGCAAAAAUAUCCUCGUUCAGAAGAGAUAAAAAAGGUACUUGAGAUGUCAUUUGGGACGAAUGUAGAAGACAGCUCAUUUGGAUCUGCUCGUUUGAAGCAUCCUCUAGCCAUGGAGGAGCUAAAGCGGUUCAGAGCUUGUGUUCUGGAAUCAUCUCAUAAGGCUAGGGGCAGAGCAAGAAGGAUGGAUGAAUCCUUGCACAAAUUGAACAAGUAUUGUGAGUCUUCCCUGGUCCAGAAGAAGCAGAUUCGGAAUGAGAUCUUAACUAAUGAAAGACCUGCUGGACCUAACCUAUUGAAGAAGGGAAGUCAGGUUCUUCGAAGCUCUCCAGAUGUUGUGAAUCAGAGACUCGAGGACAGGGCAAAGAACAAUGUUCUUAACAAGCGAGUUCGGACUUCAGUUGCUGAAUUAAGGGCUGAAGGCCGGACUAACAAUGUUAUGAGGCAGCCUCCACCCUUGGCUAGAGACAGAGAUUUGCUUAGGGACGGGGGCGAAGGUUCUGAUCUAGUUGAAGAAAAAAUUCGCAAACUUCCAACUGGAGAAUCAUGGGACAGAAGAAUGAAAAGGAAGCGCACUGUGGGUACAGUUUUGAACAGACCCUUGGAUGGUGAAGGAGAGCUAAAGCGUGUCAUGCUUCAUAAGCUUAAUAAUGAGGCAGGAGUGCAAUCCUCCGAUUCCCAAACUGUCAGAUCAGGUUCUUCUAGUGGUAUUAGUGGCAUAAACAAAUGUGAUGGAAGUUCCUUGCCUACCAGUUCAAAUGUGCGUAUCAUUCCGAAGCCUGAGCCUGAAAAAAAGCCCACUCUUUUUAGGGAUCCUACUGGCGGACAAGGGAAGGACCGACUACUAGUGAAAGGAAAUAAUAAAUUAAAUGUUCGCGAAGAUAGUCAUGUAGCUGGUCCAUAUUCCCUUGCAAAAGGAAAGGGUUCAAGGGCACCCAGGUCUGGCUCUACUGCAGCUGGAAGUUCAUCUCCUAAUCUUUCACGUAUGUCUGGAGCACUUGAUGGCUGGGAACAACCUUCGAGUGCAAAUAAAUUUCAAUCAGUAAAUGGGGCUAACAAUCGCAAGCGUCCCAUUCCCAGUGGAUCAUCUUCUCCUCCCAUGGCUCAAUGGGUUGUCCAGAGGCCACAGAAAAUAUCCCGUACGAGAAGAUCUAACCUAUUAUCACCUGUUUCAAAUCAUGAUGAUGUACAGCUGGGGUCUGAAGGUUGUUCUCCUUCAGAUUUAGGUGGUCGAAUGGUUUCACCUGUGACCAGUGGUUCAUUUCUUGCUAGGAACUUGUCCAUUGGUAGUCAACAAGUUAGGGUGAAACAGGAAGUUGUGUCAUCUCCUGCCAGGUUAUCCGAAAGUGAAGAAUCUGGUGCUGGUGAAAAUCACGACAGCCAAUUGAAAGAGAAAGGAUCAGGGAGCGGGGAACCAGAUGAAAGAAUGUUGGUUCCUGCUGUUCAGAAUAAUGUUCCUAACAUAUUUCAUUCAGUGAAGAACAAGGUACUUGAUAAAGAAGAAACUGGGGACUGUGCUAGAAGACAGGGAAGGAGCGGUAGAGGUUCAUCAUUUUCGAGGGUUUCUGUUUCACCAGUGAGGGAGAAACUGGAGACACCGACUUUGACUAAGCCACUUAAAAGUGCAAGACUUGGUUCUGAGAAAAAUGGAAGCAAGUCAGGACGUCCCCCACUAAAAAAGUUAUCUGAUCGAAAGGCCUUCAGCCGAGUUUCACAAACAUCAGCUGGUGGUUCUCCUGAUUGUACAGGUGAAUCGGAUGAUGACCGGGAAGAACUCUUGGAAGCUGCAAAUUAUGCUUGUAAUCCGAGCUAUGUUUGCUGUUCUAGUACAUUCUGGUGGAAAAUGGAAUUUUUGUUUGCUUCUGUCAGCCAAGAGCAUGAAUGCUUUUUGAAGCAGCAGGGUGCUUUUGUGGCAGAGGAGGACGCAUCACCUCAAGCAUUUGGUUCUGGACGGAAAAGCAAAUGCCUACUUAAUCAAAGCGAGUCACAAAAUAUGCCUAGAAUUAUUGAUCAGGUUGAUGAAGCUGAGGAUUUUGUUACUUCAAGUGGAAAAUUAGAAUCAGAAAAGAGAAAAAUAGUUCCUCCACUGUACCAAAGGGUAUUAUCAGCUUUAAUAGUUGAAGAUGAAACGGAGGAAUUUCAAGAAAGUAGAGGGGCAAAUAUGUUUUCACAGUAUGGGGGAAAUGGCUUUGCUGGUGUUAUGCAUCCUUCUGUUGAUAUGGAGCCUGGAAACUCUGUUGAGACUGCAUUUGAAUCUGAGUUGGAUCCUAAAACUCAGCAAUUUGCUGGUCGUAGAUUUUCUUGCAAUGGAAGCACUACCUUCAAUAUGGGAUCAAGGCGUGGCAGGCAGUCAUUCAAUGAUGAUGUGCUUCAAGCAGAUCAUGGAUACCAACUGUCAAACAAUGGAUACUUCCCAGAGCUUCAUGAAAAUGGUCUUGAUGGACCACUAGGCAUGCAUAUGAAAGAGUCUAAUGUCUCUGUCUUUAAUUGUCAGUAUGAGCAGAUGUCUGUAGAGGAUAGACUCAUGCUGGAGCUCCAGAGUAUUGGAUUGUACCCAGAGACAGUGCCUGACCUAGCAGAUGGGGAAGACGAUACUAUAAAUCAAGAAAUUCUUGAAUUAGAGAAGAAACUCAACCAACAGGUUGUUAAAACAAAAAUUCAGGGGAACAAAAUAAUCAAGGCAAUUGAGGAAGGCAGAAAAACAGAAGAACGGUCCCGCGAACAGCUUGCAAUGGACCGACUUGUUCAGUUGGCUUGUUUAAAGCAGUUGGCCACUCGAGGCAGUAGCGCUGCAAAAUUGGGGAUCCCAAAGGUAUCAAAACAAGUUGCUUCAGCUUUUAUGAAAAGAACUCUGGCUAGGUGUCGAAGAUUUGAAGAUACACAAAAAAGUUGCUUCACUGAACCUGCACUUCGAGACAUUUUAACUCGAUCUUCCAAUCGAAUGGAUGGAGAUGUUAUGAAUGGUUCCUUGCCUGGUGAAGCUUACCACAAUGGUCUGCAGAAUCGUAAAGGUGGAAGGGGAUUACUUCAUUCUUCUGACCAGGAUUUCAUCCGAACUGGACCUAUAGCAAAUAGAGGGAAGAAGAAAGAAGUAUUGCUUGAUGAUGUAGGAAGUGCUUGCAUGAGAGUUGUAUCAACCAUGGGAAACAAUUCAUUGGGUGGAGUCAAAGGAAAAAGAAGCGAGAGAGAAAGGGACAAAGAUAUGUCAGCUAGACUAUGUGUUACCAAAGCUGGCCGUUCAUCUGCAGGGGACUUUAGGGCUGAGCGUAAAACGAAAACAAAACCCAAGCAGAAGACAGGUCAGCUAACUCCUGCAGGAAAUAGAUUUGUUGGCAAGUUGACGGAUGUAAAUUAUUCUGACAACCCUGCAACUAGGGUUUCCAGUGAAGUUGCUAAUGGUAGCACAAAAAAGGAAUUUACCGUAGUAUUGCCCCUUAAUAAUGCUACUGAAGACUCGUCAAAGGAAAUUAGUGAAUGUACAGAUUUCACAAAUCUUCAGUUACAUGAUUUAGAUUCAAUAGAGUUAGGUGUGGCCAAUGAACUUGGUGGCCAUCAAGAUCUCGAUUCUUGGUUGAACAUUGAUGAGGAUGGAUUACAAGACCAUGAUGCAGUGGGCCUUGACAUACCCAUGGACGACCUCUCUGAGUUGAAUAUGCUUUUAUAGUGAUUGUAUAGUGUACUUUUUUCCUUUUUCCUUUUUUUUUUUCAUUUAUUGGGGUUUUAGAAUUUAUACUUUAGUCAGGGGGAAAGCUGCAUGUACAAGUUAAGCUUCUGACAGAUUGGCAAUCGGUAUCAUUGUCAUUUAAUUCUUACACUUCUGUGGUGGGUGGGUUUGGGGGAGUGGAA